AUGGCGUCGUCUACUGAUUGGGAAUUCGACAAGUUUGACGACGGUUCUCUGAAAAUUGUUGGAGAACUACAGCUUAAGAAAUAUGGAAAAUUUCUGGAAGAUUAUGCUUCUCAACUCAAAGAAAUUGAAGAUGCUUUGGAUGAUUCUAUUGGAGAUGCCUGGGACAUGAGUCUUGAUCCUAUUGCUCUACAGAUGCUACCAUACGAACAAACCAAUCUAUUAAAUUUAGUUAAAACAGAUAAUAAAGUAUUGAAUAAAAUAAUCACAGUAUUAUCAGCAUUAUGUUGUGAAAUGUCACAUUUAAAACAUGAAGCAGAAACCAAAUUUUAUAAUGCUUUGUUAUUUUAUGGUGAAGGUGAGCCAGAAGAAGGAUUAGAAGAAGGUGAAGCUCAGGUUCAGAUGGGUAGAAUGAUACCAUUAUUCCAGGAACUAUCAUGUUUUGUAUCCAGAUCCUAUGAUGUAAUAAGGAACAUCUGUCAACAGUUAUCAGCAUUACAUAAUUCUUACAAAAGUGGACCUAAAUUGAUUGAUGUUACAGAUGUACAUUUCACUCCUGUAUAUUCUCAUAUGGCUGAUUUACUUGGUGUAUUAAUAACAUUAGAUUCUAUCAUAUCUAACCAAUCUUUUAUACGUGAUCACUGGAUGUUAUAUAAGAGAAUGGUCAAAUCAGUACGCCAUGAUCCUGGUAAAUUUAAUGUACCAGAAGAAAAAUUAAGACCUUUUGAGAAAUUAUUGAUGUCUUUAGAGGGAAAGUUAUUAGAUGGUAUGAUAUAUCAGAAUUGUGUAGAACAACAGUUUGAUAGUAAUACAAUUAAUUGUAGUAAAAAUCCUAAUUUAGCUGAAGAAUUUGCUAUCAAUAUUAAGGAUAUACUGGUAGAGUUAGAGGGUAGAAUAGGUGAGAAUAAUGAAAUAGAUCAUCGGUAUAAAUUUGUUGGUGUCUGCGGAUUGUAUAUUCUACAUUUUCAAAUAUUCCGAGUUGUUGAUAAGAAACUAUUUAAACAGUUGUGGGAUAUCUAUAAAAAGAUUCCAUGUGUUCAUAUAAUGGGAAAUGUAGUUUGGUUUCCAUGUCAAUUUAUACAGUCACGUCUGCCUAAUAUAGAUCAGUUGUUAGAUAGAAAGGCCCAGUUAGCUGUCCAAACACAGCAAACAACAUGGCUACAGCAAAAAACACAGCUUUUAACCAGAGAUAUACAAGUAUAUAGUACUCAAGUCUCAGCCUGGAUGGUUAAAAUGGAAUCUAAUCUUGCUAGAGGUGGUACAUUGAUGGAAGAUUUAAACAAUAGAGCUGUUCUCUUUAUACAGGGAUUGUUAUAUGCUUGCAAUCUAAGUCAUCUAAUACGGACAGUAAUGAACUUACAUGUGGCCUUACAAAAACCAAUGACCAAAACAGCAGUUCUCUCCCUUUGUAAAUUAGUGGAGUUAUUGAAGGCCAUAGAACACACAUUCCAUAGAAGAACAAUGUUAAUAGCUGAAUCUAUUAAUCAUAUUAUACAACAUUUAUGUUUUAAUGCCCUCAGUUCUAUAGCUUUAGCCAAGAAAAGAAUAAUAUCAGAUAAAAAAUAUAGUGAACGUAGAUUAGAUGUACUAUCAGCUCUAGUACUAGCAGAAACAGCACUACAUGGUCCUGGUUCUAAAGAACGUAGAUUAAUACUAAAACUAGCUCUCUCUGUUGGAACUAAAAUGAAAGCCUUUAAAGAUGAUGAAUUGAAUACAUUAGCAGAAACAUUACGUAAACUAGAUGCUAUCUGUGAAUUCAGAGAAAAGGUUCGACAGGCCUGUGAUUGUAGUUUUAUAUACUGGCAUAGAGUCAUACUACCAUUAUAUUUAACUGAUUUAUGUGAUAAUGUAACAGAUACUCAUAGAAUACAUUAUAUGUUUACAGCUAUCAAAGAUUGUGUGUCACCAAUGUUAAGAGUAAAACAUCUUCCUGACUCUACAGAAUUAUUAACUGUAUUUGACAAAGAAAUCAUGGCCUUCUUGAAUGAUAAUCUAAUAGAUCCAUUAUGUAGAUAUAUAGAAACUGAUCUACGUUUACAUAUACAUCAACAUCUUCAACUAGAUGAUAGAAAUCCCUUUAAAGUUGGUAUCAAAGAUUUAUCACAUCUUCUUAAAAUACGACCUAUCAGAUUCUUUGAUAGAUAUAUCAAUAUAAGAGCCUUGGUAGAGAGCUAUCUUAGUAAAACAUUCUAUAAUUUAACAACAGUAGCUUUACAUGAUUGGAAAACUUACGGUGAAAUGAGAAACAUGGCACAACAGAAAUAUGGUUUAAAUUUAGUUGAACCUCAUCUUCCUAGUCAGACUUUAGAACAGGGCUUGGAUGUUUUAGAGAUAAUGAGAAAUAUUCAUGUUUUUGUAUCCAAAUUUCUUUAUAACCUAAAUAAUCAGAUAUUCAUAGAGAAAACAAGUAAUAAUAAACAUUUGAACACCAUCAAUAUUAGACACAUAGCUAACUCUAUAAGAACACAUGGUACUGGUAUAAUGAACACAACCAUCAAUUUUACGUACCAGUUUUUACGUAAGAAGUUUUAUAUAUUUUCUCAGUUUAUGUAUGAUGAUCAUAUUAAAUCUAGGCUAAUUAAGGAUUGGAAAUUUUUCCGAGAAAAUCAUAUGCAGACUGAUCAGAAAUAUCCAUUUGAAAGAGCUGAUAAGUUUAAUAAAGGAAUAAGAAAACUGGGUAUGACACCAGAUGGAGAGAGCUAUUUAGAUCAGUUUCGUACCUUGAUUUCACAGAUAGGAAAUGCUAUGGGUUAUAUAAGAAUGAUUAGGUCUGGAGGUUUACAUUGCUGUAGUAACGCCAUUAGAUUCAUUCCUGAUUUAGAUGAUAUCAUCAGUUUUGAAGAAUUAUGUACAGAAGAAGGAUUAUCAGGAGAAUGUACCUCUGCUGCCAAAAAUCUAGAUAUGGUUAUCAACAAUCUGGCAAAGAAUUUUGCUGAAGGAACAGAUUAUUUUAAGAUGUUAGUAGAUGUAUUUUCACCAGAAUUCAGGAAUCCUAAAAAUAUGCAUCUUAGAAACUUCUUUGUUAUUCUUCCUCCUUUGACAUUAAACUUUGUAGAACAUUCUAUUAGUUGUAAAGAGAAAAUGAACAGAAAGAAUAAAGUUGGGGCAGCUUUUACAGAUGAUGGCUUUUCUAUGGGUGUAGCAUAUAUAUUGAAGUUAUUAGAUCAGUAUCAUGAAUUUGAUUCUUUACAUUGGUUUCAAUCAGUACGAGAGAAAUAUUAUCAUGAUAAGAAAAUAUUAAUUUUACAGAAUCAAGUGUCUCAGCAAGCAGCAGGAAGAGUUGAUGAAAAAUUACAACAAACAAUGUCUUUAACAUUAAAACGUAUUGACUUAUACAUGCAGGAGUUUGAUUUAUUGUAUUACUCACUAAGUAGUGCAAGAAUAUUUUUCCGGGCUGACAUGACAGCAGCUGAAGAAAAGGCAGAAGAAAAAGAAAAGGAAAAAGGUAAUGUGUCUUAUUCCAUAUUAAAAAAUUAA